CGGAAAAACUUCCAGGAACCAUGACCAAAGACGACUCGACGGACCUCCCUUCGGAGGAGGACCACCAGCCGCUGGAAUUCCGGAGCCCUGUCUUGGAGAGGAGGAAGAAAGCAAUGGUCCACCCUUCUGCCCCAGCCCCACUCCCCAAAGACUAUGCUUUCACUUUCUUCGACCCAAACGACCCGGCGUGUCAAGAAAUCCUCUACGACCCCAUCACCACCGUCCCGGAGUUGUUUGCCAUCAUCCGCCAGUGGGUCCCGCAAGUGCAGCACAAGAUCGAUAUCAUCGGCAGCGAGAUCUUGAAGCGAGGCUGCCACGUCAACGACCGCGAUGGGCUGACGGACAUGACGCUGCUGCAUUACGCCUGCAAGGCUGGCGCCCACGGUGUUGGUGACCCAGCCGCUGCUGUGCGCCUUUCCAACCAGCUCUUGGCUUUGGGCGCGGAUGUGACCCUGCGCAGCCGCUGGACCAACAUGAACGCCUUGCACUACGCAGCUUACUUUGACGUCCCGGAACUCAUCCGCAUCCUGCUGAAGGCCUCCAAGCCGAAAGUUCUGAACUCGACGUGUAGCGACUUCAACCACGGAACCGCCCUCCACAUUGCCGCCUCCAACCUGUGCCUCGGGGCAGUGAAAUGUCUGCUGGAACAUGGUGCCAACCCAGCCGUCAGGAACAGCAAAGGCCAGGCGCCGUCCGACGUCGUCCCAGACCCCAUGGACAUGACCUUGGACAAAGCCGAGGCGGCCAUGGUGGCGAAGGAGCUGAAGCAGCUGCUGCUGGAUGCCGUACCCUUGAGCUGCAACCUCCCCAAGGUCACCCUGCCCAACUAUGACAACAUCCCGGGAAACCUCAUGCUCAUCUCCCUCGGCCUCAAACUCGGCGACCGGGUCAUGGUGGACGGGCUGAAGUUGGGCACCUUGCGUUUUUGCGGCACGACAGAAUUCGCCAGCGGCCAGUGGGUGGGCGUGGAGCUGGACGAGCCCGACGGCAAGAACGACGGAAGCGUGGGAGGAAUACGUUACUUUAUCUGCCCUCCGAAACACGGAGUGUUUGCUUCUGUGUCCAAGAUCACCAAAGCCGCCGAUCAGACGCCUUCGUCGGUGACCUCCACCCCACGGACCCCCCGCAUGGACUUUUCCCGCAUGACCGCAAAGGGACGGAAGGAGAAAGACAAGGACAAGAAAGCUCUCAGGAAGAAGUCCUUAUCUGUUGGCAGCCUGGACCGUGAAGGACUGAAGAUUGAGAUUGGGGAUCACGUCUUGGUGGCAGGUCAGAAGCAAGGCAUCAUCCGUUUCUAUGGGAAGACAGAUUUUGCCCCAGGCUACUGGUUUGGCAUUGAACUUGACAAGCCCACAGGAAAACACGAUGGCUCUGUCUUUGGAGUUCGCUAUUUCACCUGCGCCCCUAAGCAUGGAGUCUUUGCCCCUCCUUCCCGAGUGCAGAGAAUCGGAGGCCCCAAAGAUUCCCAGGGAGAUGGCACUUCGGCAAAGAAAGUCCACCAAGUCACUAUCUCACAGCCAAAGCGCAACUUCACAGCAGUCAGAACCCCAAAAGAUAUCACAUCGGAAAACUCCAUCUCUAGGUUACUUUUCUGCUGUUGGUUUCCGUGGAUGCUCCGUGCGGAAAUGCAGUCGUAAACCUACCCGCAGCUCCCUCUUCCCUUUUCCUCUGCUGUUUCUUCGCUCUCCAAGUAAUCAAAGACUGCUCUCCGGUUAUAUUUUGCCCUCAUCAAUCCUCCCCUGAUUGCCGUUCUAGUGAACCCCAGUGCCUUGUUAAAACAUAUUAACACAACCCCUCUAGUAGUUUGUGAGAAAUGCUAUACUUAUACCUUCCGUCCCCCGUUUCCUGGCACUCUACCCAUGGGAUUUCGGCUAAAGCAGGUCUCUCCUGGCACCUCUUCGUUUUCCAGCGUAUUAAUUGGCACCUAAAAGCUCACGCGGUUAGUCGGCUCAGAUGUCUUUAAAUGGAGGACAGAGCCCUAGUAGCUAUGGUUUGGAGAGAAAUCUCUUGACUUCCUCCCCU